AUGUCCGCCAAUCGGGAAAAGGGGCGGGAGCAAGAGACUGGCGGGAACGAGAGACUCUGGCGGGAAAAAAGGAAGACUGGCGGGGAAGGAGAAGCGGACAAGACUGCUCGUCUUGUGAGCGACUGUUUCAAGCCGUGGAGCGGUGAGAAAUGCCAGCGUACCCGGUCAAGAGAGAGAAGCCGGCUGGAGCGGGAGUCGCAGGACUGCUCGUCUUGCGAGGGGCUCGCCACAAGCUGCGGACAGCGGAGAAUCACCAGCACAGCGCUUCGGAGAGGGAGAGUAAAUUCGCCCUACGGGAGGGAAAGACCGUGGGAUGAAGGAAAGAUAUUUGGAGCACGCCUGGAACUGGGUGGACUGUUUGCGAGUGGAGUGCCAGACCUAAGGUUGAAGGAUUUAGCCUGCUGUCAAGUCCUCCUGGAACGUUACAUCCCCAGUCCUGAGGGUCUGUGCGGAGUGUGUGAAGCCGUGUGCACCCUGAGCCAGCAGAAGCUGCAUGCCAUUGAGGACAGCAUGUACGACAACAUUGACUUCAAGCUCUUCCACUUGCUUCCCAGGGUGCUUGACUGCCACACUGCUGGCCCCGAUCUGCGAUUGUGGGGCAAAGUGCUCUUGGGCACCUCCAAGAAGUUGCACCAGUUCAGGUAGAAGGUAUUGAAUGUGACAUCGUCCAGGGUAAGCUGUCGUGAGCUUACAGAUGAAAAGGGGAAGUAGGUGACCCCAUUGUCGUUGACCCAAUUGUAAUACUGUGAGUGCAUUCCGGAUUGAAAGAAGCGAUUAUCAGGUAUCUUUUCACAAAUUUUCUACCAAAAUUGAUCUUUGACUGAAAUUCUAUUAUGUUAAUCCCUUUAAAAAUGCUUGAAAUGCAGUCCGCUUUCACACAAUUUAAAAGGUAUCAAGAGAGACGCUAAAAUGUCUAUUGUGCUGUCCUGUCGUAGGUAUUUUUUGAGACUGUGUGGUCCAUUUCUGUCUUAUAGGCUCAUCUACUGCUGCAGUCUACCAUGAGUGCUGCAUGGAAGCACUGCAUAUCCUUCUUAACGACAGGUCUAAUAAAACCUACAUACUUAUUUCUCACAUGUAUAUGGGACGAGGAUGAACUGACCAACAGUUGUCCUUGAACCCAUCCAUUAUUUACUUAUAAUACUUAUGAUGUAUAAUCAUGUGCCUUGCAAUAGGUUGGUGGACCAUGCUCGGUUAUACCUUGCCUUGUGCCCAUUGUCUCAGGAUAGGUUCUGGACCUCCAUGACCCAAUACUUUUUCUAUACCGGGACAAAUGGUAUAGAAAAUGAAUGAAUGAAUAAUCCUGGCUUUCCUUACCUAGAUGUUCAAAUUGUUUAUUACCAACUGCUAUUAAGUCUGUCUAUGAUAAUCAUCUAAUCUACAGUGUCUUACAUUUACUGAAUUUUUAAGUUAUUUGGGCCAACUAUGCCAAGAAGGGAGGUAUAUAAAGUGUACUAAUGUUUAUAGAAUCUUUUAGACAUUGCAUUCAUAGAAAACGUUACUAUUUGAACAAGUCAUCAUAAUUGCAGUUUAAUAAUAGUUAAAAGUAAAGCACAUCUGUAACUGUUUCUGUUUAAUUGUAUUUACAGUGACAUUCCCUCUUGAACAUUGCCUUGCCUUCUGCUUUGUGCUUUGCAGGAUUGAUUUCUAGUUACUAUAUUUUGAUUAGGAGAAAUCAUCAGAAACUGUAUGGAUGAACUAUGACUUUUUGCACAGGAUAGAAGUGGAAAGAUCAGGAAAUGUCUUUUUAUCUUGCACUAUUGCCAAAAGGAUUUUAGCUUGACCUUUCUGAAUUAGUGGUGAAAUGUCACCCUAGUCCCAUUGUGGUUUCUUCUAAAAAAAAGCGAUCAAGUAGUUGAUCAAGUAGAAGAUGCAAGAGAAAGUUCUGGAGGUGGAGCCUGUAGUAAUAUUGCGUUAGUACAGCUAUUGUGUAAUAACACAAUAGCUGUACUAUCAAUAGAUUACUGUAAGUUAACGGAGGAAAACAUUAUAGCCAUGCUGUAACUAAUUAAAUCACAUAAGGUUAGUGGAUUUAUAUUAUCCUUCUACUUUCCCCUUGAGUAAUAAGUUGUGGGAAUGUAACAUUUUAAAGGAUCCCAAUUUCGUUGGGAGAGGAAUAACAUUUUCUGUGACGCUGAGAAGGCCGGGUAAGCGUGCGUGUCUGUGUAUGUCUGCCAGGCAAAUGCUACGUUUGAGCAGCGGCGGAGACUCCAAGAUUUGGGAAAAGCCUGGGAGGAAGUGGCCCCCCAGCUCUGGGCCUUCUUUCAGAACAGCAUGCACGUGAACAUGGUCCGGGUGCGGCUAUUUAUCACAUAAUUCUCUUACCCCUUUGCUCUGUACGUGUGUUGUUUGUAUGGAUGACCUGACCAGUGAUGUGUCUGUGUUUAAUGAUUGACUGUCGGGUGUCAGGUGGCUCAUAGGUUGAAGGGGAACAACGGGGUGAGUAUUUCUAUACAGGUUGCACUUUGGGUCCCACAUCCCUUUUAUGUAACUUGAGGUACUGGCAUCCCAUCCUGGUUCUACUCUUGCUUUGUGCUUUAUGCUGCCUGGAAUAGGCUCCUGGUGACCGUCUGACCCAGAAUAAGUGGUUGAUGGAUGGAGAAAUGGACAGACAGACGGAUGGAUAAUUUGUUGUACAGUUUGCACGCAUAUCCUCAUAUAUGUGCCCUUGCGAGGUAAAGUGGGCUAUCCCACAAAAACAGUCUUGAGAAAAUGAGCUCCAAAGUAAAUUUUUUCAAAAAAUCAGUGUGCCUAUACCCUACAAUUGAUAUAUAUCAUAGGUAGCACAGAUCUCGGUAUAUUUAAGAUAGAUAGACCCUCAAUAAAUACUGCACACUAAACUCAUUUUUGACUGACAUGUGGAAUAGCCCACUUUACCUCUCAAGGGCACAUAUUAUCUCCACAUUAUCUGUUAAUAUUUGUCAGGCUUUAUUUAGGAUCAUGUAUUUUACUAUUGUAGGCUGUAUUGCUUUAUUGUUAUAAUUGUGAAACUUUCUGGGCCUCUUUCAGGAUAUCUUGAAGCCCAUGAUAUCGGAUUUUAUUGAUAUGAAUGUAGAAAGUAUGGGGUUUUCCUCGAGACACAUGCUUAACGUCCUGUUUACUGGACCACCUGCCGAUCAUUUGUAUGAUAUGCCGAAUUUUGACUGUCUUACUGAUCAAGCCAUCCUGCUACUCAAGGAGUACGGAGAGGUCAUUCCUUGUUAUAAGCAUCAAGAAAUUAAAUCUGCCAAAUGUUAUUGAAAUCUGUAAAAAAA